ACGGGCAUAAGUUCACAUUAGUGUAUCUGCCUGCCUGAGUGCCUGGUCUGGUUGUUGUUCGUAGGGUGUUUUGCGUUCUUUUUGUCGUUGUUUUCAUCGUGGUGUUGUAGACCCUGUGUGCAAACCCUUUCCCUGUUCUCGCAGAAGGUGCGCGACGUGACCGGCUUAGCGCCAAGGGGACACCGGGAACAUGGAAAAUCCAGAGGAGGUGCUGCAGGCACUCGACGAGUUUCAGAAGAUGCGACCGACGGAGAUCCCGCGGGAACUCGAAGAAUACCUCUGCUGGGUCGCUAAAACCGGCGACCCUGUUUAUCAGUGGUCAUUGAUCAAGGCCCUCUUCCGUGAAAAACUCACUCGCGUCAUGACUGACUUCUACGAGAGCUGUCCGAGCCUUGAGCUGGCGCCGUGUCCGAAUGUUGAGGAUUUUAACUACGACACGAUGAAGUCUAGCCUCCUGGAGCGCCUCGAGUCCUUUGCCAACGCGCCUUUUACUGUCCAGCGAAUCUGCGAACUCCUGACCGCACCACGAAAAGAAUAUAACCGCGUCGACAAAUUCAUGCGCGCCAUCGAGAAAAACAUACUGGUUGUUUCCACGAAGGAGCCGGGUUCGACGAUCAGGAGAAACGAGAAUGGUGACGGCAUGGUAAACGGAUCUGUCGAAGAUGAUGCACCAGGUGGUGAGACACACGAGGUCGAGAUGGACUCCUGGGUCAAGGAUUGUGCCGCCUCGACGGUCGGAAUUUCCGCGCAGACGAUGGACAGCGAAGCCAGGUUACUCGACGACGUGACGACCAUCGUUCCGAAAAUCGCACCUGCAACUAACGGCACCCCGUUCUCCCAGGAGAAAACGGAGCACGCGACUGUUAGCACCUGCGAACCUUCCGGACUAAGUUUUGUACCCACUACGUCCGAGUUCUCCGGGCAGGGAUCGGAGUCCAGGGAUUCCAUGAGUACGGGGAUUGAUGCACAGAAUUUGAAUAGUUCGGUUGUUCACGAAGCUCCAAGCAUCGCCGGAGAGGUUCCUGAAGCGAUCAUGAACGAGGACACUAGUUCACAACCCAGUUUGGAUAUUGAUAGUCCUGAGAACGAACCCUCUGAUCCUAACCGAAAACUCCAGACGACUUUCCAGGCGAAAGACUUCAUCAGUCACGACUCAAGAUCUCCGGAACCAUACGAAAAGGACACCAAAGUUACGGAAAAGUCUGACGAAGAAUCGGAAGCAGCCAGCGAGGUUACAUCUGUUGAAAGUAGCGGAGAAUCUUUGGAAGAAUGUGAAAAAGUGAAACCUGUCCAGGACGAGCGAGAAUCAGUUCUUCCAAUAAUGGAGAACUUCUUGCAGGCAAACAGCAGACUAGAAAAUUCAGUUAUAACUUCGGAAGAAGAACUAAGCGAUCAAACAGCUGUGUCAGUUUCUGAAAUGGAAGAAAGCGAUUCCUCAAAAGAAGAAAAGAAUCUGGAAGCUGAAAACUCGACGAGUACAGAUCUAGAUCAACCUUUUACAAGCAGUACCUCAGAACCACAACAGUCAUCUUCAGACGAGAAUAUCACAGAAGAGAAUAUCACUGAAGAGAAUAUCACAGAAGAGAAGGUUGAUGUCGAAGCCGUAGUUUCCACUUGUGGUCCCAUUUCAGUUGCAGAGGAGGUUUCGACAAAAGAAGAUGCUAUGGAAGAGGUUGAGACGGUGAAAGAACGGAUUGUAGAAGAACCCAGUGAAGAAUCCAGUGAAAAAUCAAGUGAACCUGUCAUAGAAACGAUCGAGGAGACCGAAGCCAAGUUACAACCAGAGAUUGAAAGUGUUACUGAAACUCCGAAACCUGUAAUUGAAGAAUCGCCUCCAGAAAAAGUUGAUCGAGGGGAUUGUUCGCAGGAUUCUGAAAACAGUAACUUAACGAUAGAAGAAACGACAGAAGAUGAUUCCACCGAAGCCAAGUCCAUGAUUCCUGAUCCAAUUCCAAUUAUAGAAGAACCCAAAGAGGUCGUACCCGUCGUUAAAGAAUGGGAUAAAGAAUCGUCGAUUGAAGAAGUCGAUUCGAAAACACCGGCCAUUGAAACUGAGAACUUGCCAAAGAAUGAGCCGUCAAAUACGGAGCCUGUAGAAAGUAGCGUGGUGGCGAUAGCUGAACAAGAGCUUCCCUCGAGGACGGAUGAACCGUUAGAGACCAACACCGUGGUUCCAGAAAAUAUUCCAGUUCCAGAAUUGGUUCCUGAAAUAGCUGUUCCAGAAAAGGAGACGAGACCUACCGAAUCCAUGGAAGUGGACGGCGAAGAAUCUGCCACUAUUUUCCAAGGAGACGAGCCAAUGGAAGAAGAGGUGCCUGAAGUCGCAAGCAGUUAAUAAUUUCUUACUUUUGGUUAUGGGAAUGAAGAAAAUUGGUUAGGUUUCAGAAAGACACGCGCAAAUGACUGCUAUAAAUGGUGAUCUAUCACUUGCGACUUGUGGAAGUUUCCUCAAAAAGUAAUAUAGGGAUCAAAUUUUGUAAUGUAUCAAGCUAACCAUCCGCUCGUGGCUGGAUUUUUAUGAUCCACAAUCAUAACUGAGAAUUAUUACUUUCAUUUUAUGGAGAAACUGAUGUAAAAAAAAAACUUCCAGUGGUACAAAACCGAGAGAAGAAAACACUGCCUGUUCCGAAAUAUAAGAUUGACUAGGUAAUAAAAUUGUCCAUCCCUUAUUUUACGUGUUCCAUUACCGUGCUAGCUUGUGCGUUUAAUAACUUUUCGAGAUUUAAUUUUCUAAAAACUAACGAUUCCAAUUUUUCUAUGAAAAAAACGCAGAAAUUAAAGUAGUCUAAUUGAUGAUAAUGAUGAUUAUUAUUAUUAUUAUUAUUAUUAUUCGCUUUUUGGAAGAUGAUGAAGGAAUAUUGAUUUUCGUAAAAGCGUGCUUUAACACAAGUGCUCUUCAUUCUUUUUGUAUACUCAUUUCACACAUUUUGCAAGUGGUGAAAUCAUACUAGACAACUAAAAAUAUUCCCUUGGCAAUUAAUAAAAAGCAGUUAACUUGCACAUUUUUUCACAACAUGUGAUUAUUAGAAAAAUUAUGUUUGUAAAAUUGUAGAUUGGGAGUAGAAACUCGUGAUAAUAGAAUUUCGAUCCCAGUUAGGUAAAAAUGUACCCUAGGAUAUUGCUGGAAAGCUGAUAUCAUUUUUUGUAUAGGAUGGCAGUUAAGAGCAAAGUUCUUUUAUUUUAUUUAAAUUGUAUUUUAUACUUCUAUAAUUCCCCACGUGUCACUCUGUGUCACUCAUCUCAAGUUUCCAGCCAUUAGACAUGCAAAGUAUACAAAAAAUGUACCUACUGAAUGAAUCUCUAGUGCUCUUCGGCUCAGAGAAAUUAUAUAUAGUAAGGCCAAAUUCAUAGUAAUAUUCGUGAGUGCGGCAGAGACACUUAUAUGCGCCAUGUACUUGGUUCUCACUCGCACAUACGCUUCCUUAUGACUGGUAUGAAUUUGACCUUAUGGCAUAUUAUAAUAUACUCAUUUCGUAUGUACGUAUAUUUAAUGAUCAGCGUCUAGGUGAAUAUUAUAUAUAAAAAUGCGUGAUCAAAAGGAUCCAAUUUUUUUUAAAUCAUGGAAAUUUGAUAAACUGAUCUUGUUCAUAAUUAAAUAUUGCAAGAAUCUGAAAUGUCGGAAAGUAGAAUACCUUCUAUUUCUGUGCCUUUCUUUAUACGGUUCAGUUGAAACUACUUUUUUUGGCACAGUAGCGCGGUAGUGCGAGCGAGUUUUUGUAAAUUGUGGAGAUUCGAAACAAUUAUUGGUCCUUUGAUACUUCAAUUUUAAAUAUAUCAUUUCGAGGGAACAAUAACUUUUCGAAUUGUGGUGAUUCGAAACAAUUAUUGGUCCUUUGAUACUUCAAUUUUAAAUAUAUCAUUUCGAGGGAACAAUAACUUUUCGAAUUCCUUAAUACUUGAAAAUACAUUAGACGCGAAUAAGUUAAGUUACUUAAACUAAUUUACGUACGAGAAUGUAUUUAAUUAAAAAAUUGAGACGCAGGUCUACCAAGUGACGAAUGUUCAUAAAGAUUAGAAAUAAAACAGUUAAUUUAAAGAGAUUGUAAACCAAUAAUUAUAUAAAUAAUUUAAGAUCACUGUGUAUAUUAUUUUAUAGUAAAAUACACAAAGAUAACU